AUGGUCACGCAUAACCUCCGGUCUCGCCUACCUGAGGCAUUUGGGCCACGCAGCUUAAAUGGUGCCAUACUAUCCAAACUACAAACUUACACACUGCAGUCGAGUUUCGUGUUCCCGAGGAUAGCUAAGAUCGGGAGCCAUGACGGUUGCUUGCCUGCCCCUCCUUCCUCUUCCACGAAUGCAACCGAUACAGCUGCAUUUGAAGCUAUGGUUGAGAACGGCAGGGGGCCUAUAUGCCCGGGUCAGCUGCUCUGCCGUCUGUUGCUGUUGCGCCACGGCCUGAUGCAUCCCUCUCUAGUCUCCAUUCGGAAGUCAGAGAGGCUUUCUUUUGAGGCCUACGCUAAACUCAGACAGCAUUUUCUGGCUAGAAUGGCCCAGGUUUUUUAG